CAGGGACUCCACCCCAGUGCAGAGUUCAGAGAUCUCUCUUCCUGCGGUCAGCCUUGUUUGACAGACAACAUUGGCGCAUUGUUUUACACAUUUAUUUAAUUUUUCUCCUGUACAUACCGAUAAUUCAUAGGCUUACAAUUUUACACAUUAUUUUCCGGAACAAGCGUUGGAGAGGCCACGUCUAGAAUGGGGAACAGAGACGAUGAAUACGAUUUCUUGUUCAAAGGUAAAUUUUGAUGACUGCAUUCGCCCGUUCAUAGCACCUUCAAUAAUUCUAUAAUUGUUGCGUUCUGUCCAAUGACAAAUCAGACAUCAGUGUUAACGAAUAAUAACAAAUAGUCUGGAGAAAUGGUUUAGAAAUGAACAUUGUAUCAGUCUCUUUGGUGGAAAACGUUUGCUACUAUGGCUACAUAAAUGCUGUCAUUGUAACAUUGUAACAACGCCCACAGCUAUAUUUUUAGGUAAGAUGCAACACCGUAUCUGCGGUUGCCUUUUCGACUUUAUCAACACUGAUGAAACCAUGAAAGAGGAACUAUUUAUCAAUCGCUUACUUACAAGAAUGUUGUUUUCCCAUUUAUGGUUAAAAUAACUAUACGAAGUUAUCUUUUUUAUUGUGAAUUGUAGCCUCCCUUAUCUCAUAGAUCUAUGAUUUAAUAUUUUAGUUAAUGUGGGACUAUUGAUUAUGCAAAUGUUGAAUUCAUGUAGGCCUACAGUAAUUGGGUAUGUUAAUUGUAUUGACUGUGAAAUAUUUUGAUAUCAUGAGGUCUGAGCAUGUAUGAAACAAAUAGAUUUUUCAUAGAAUUAGUGAAAAUACAUUUAAAACUUGGCAAUGUAGACUAGUGUCCAAGGACCAUAUAACACUGUGAAUACUAUGUUCUAUCUCAAGAAAUCCCCCUUUGAUCUAUUCUAGAAUGUCUUCCUUUGAUUUCCAUUGCAGCUCGCCACCGACACCCCGUAUAGAGGUCUAUUUAUGAAGUGAUACAGAGUAUCUUCUGUGGAGUAGACAUCAGCCGAUAAAGGGUUCUCCUCCUCCUCCCUCCCUCCCUCCCUCACCAUCAUUUAGAAACCCUGUUGAAACAGGAAAGCCAAAAGCGGGCCAAAACUGUCGAUUCAGGUUUGAUGGAACAUGUUAUCAGCUUCCUGCAGCAGCAGCAUAAUGCCACAGGGACAAAGUUCAGCUUUAUUUACUGUACUGUGAGAAAACAAAAGGGCUCCACCUCGACAGCCCCGUUGUGACUGCCAGGCCUACUCCUGUCACCUCAGUGUUUUACUGUCAGCUAAAUACAGUAGAAUAGGCCGUUUCUGUCAACCUCUUAUUGUGGUAAUAAUAAUAAUAAUAUUAUUAUUAAUAGUAAAAUUGUAUCACAAUUGUAUCAUUGAGCUCAGUGUUUCUCAGCAGUGCUCUUAAGGGGCCCAACUGUGUACAUGCUAGAAUUUCACUCGAAAUUAACAUCAAUUAGACACCAACUACUAUGUCUCCUUGGUUAAGGGCAACCAAUUAAACAGAAUACCUAUAAGCUCUGAGAAGUAUUGAAAUAAAUAUAUUUAGUCAGCCACCAAUUGUGCAAGUUCUCCCACUUAAAAAGAUGAGAGAGGCCUGUAAUUUUCAUCAUAGGUACACGUCAACUAUGACAGACAUUGAGAAUUUUUUUCUCCAGAAAAUCACAUUGUAGAAUUUUUAAUGAAUUUAUUUGCAAAUUAUGGUGGAAAAUAAGUAUUUGGUCACCUACAAACAAGCAAGAUUUCUGGCUCUCACAGACCUGUAACUUCUUCUUUAAGAGGCUCCUCUGUCCUCCACUCGUUACCUGUAUUAAUGACACCUGUUUGAACUUGUUAUCAGUAUAAAAGACACCUGUCCACAACCUCAAACAGUCACACUCCAAACUCCACUAUGGCCAAGACCAAAGAGCUGUCAAAUGACACCAGAAACAACAUUGUAGACCUGCACCAGGCUGGGAAGACUGAAUCUGCAAUAGGUAAGCAGCUUGGUUUGAAGAAAUCAACUGUGGGAGCAAUUAUUAGGAAAUGGAAGACAUACAAGACCACUGAUAAUCUCCCUCGAUCUGGGGCUCCACGCAAGAUCUCACCCCGUGGGGUCAAAAUGAUCACAAGAACGGUGAGCAAAAAUCCCAGAACCACACGGGGGGACCUAGUGAAUGACCUGCAGAGAGCUGGGACCAAAGUAACAAAGCCUACCAUCAGUAACACACUACGCCGCCAGGGACUCAAAUCCUGCAGUGCAAGACGUGUCCCCCUGCUUAAGCCAGUACAUGUCCAGGCCUGUCUGAAGUUUGCUAGAGUGCAUUUGGAUGAUCCAGAAGAGGAUUGGGAGAAUGUCAUAUGGUCAGAUGAAACCAAAAUAGAACUUUUUGGUAAAAACUCAACUCGUUGUGUUUGGAGGACAAAGAAUGCUGAGUUGCAUCCAAAGAACACCAUACCUACUGUGAAGCAUGGGGGUGGAAACAUCAUGCUUUGGGGCUGUUUUUCUGCAAAGGGACCAGGACGACUGAUCAGUGUAAAGGAAAGAAUGAAUGGGGCCAUGUAUCGUGAGAUUUUGAGUGAAAACCUCCUUCCAUCAGCAAGGGCAUUGAAGAUGAAAUGUGGCUGGGUCUUUCAGCAUGACAAUGAUCCCAAACACACCGCCCGGGCAACGAAGGAGUGGCUUCGUAAGAAGCAUUUCAAGGUCCUGGAGUGGCCUAGCCAGUCUCCAGAUCUCAACCCCAUAGAAAAUCUUUGGAGGGAGUUGAAAGUCCGUGUUGCCCAGCGACAGCCCCAAAACAUCACUGCUCUAGAGGAGAUCUGCAUGGAGGAAUGGGCCAAAAUACCAGCAACAGUGUGUGAAAACCUUGUGAAGACUUACAGAAAACGUUUGACCUGUGUCAUUGCCAACAAAGGGUAUAUAACAAAGUAUUGAGAAACUUUUGUUAUUGACCAAAUACUUAUUUUCCACCAUAAUUUGCAAAUAAAUUCAUAAAAAAUCCUACAAUGUGAAUUUCUGUGGAAAAAAUUCUCAUUUUGUCUGUCAUAGUUGACGUGUACCUAUAAUGAAAAUUACAGGCCUCUCUCAUCUUUUUAAGUGGGAGAACUUGCACAAUUGGUGGCUGACUAAAUAAUUUUUUCCCCCACUGUACCACUUCAAAUAGGUCGAUUUCAGCCAUUCACUUAUUCAAUAUUGUCAAUGGGUGUGAUUGAAAAUGAAAACCCGCAUUACAUAACAGUCGUAGGUGAGAGGACCAAGUCACAUGGUGAAGAAUGCAGGCAUUGAUCCAAGAUCUAGCCCAGGAUCCUGGAUCCUAGUACAUUUAGGAAAUACCUGUUGACUAGGCUACCUCAUCUGACAGUUAGGCUAUAAGAAUUUCACCCUGUGUGUUUUCACUCUGUCUUUAUCUAAUUCUCUCCGUAUCUCUCUCUGUCUGUUUAACAACAGUUGUGUUAAUUGGGGACUCUGGCGUCGGGAAGAGUAACUUGCUCUCUCGGUUCACACGGAAUGAGUUCAACCUGGAGAGUAAGAGCACCAUCGGGGUGGAGUUUGCCACCCGCAGCAUCCAGGUGGAUGGCAAGACGAUAAAGGCCCAGAUCUGGGACACGGCUGGACAAGAACGUUACAGAGCCAUCACCUCCGCGUAAGUCGUGUGGGAUCCCUCAAGGCUGCCUAAUGAAAAUUUAAUGAUUGUCAACAAGGAUCACAGAAAACAGUAAUCUAGUGGUCUCAAAUGUUAGUCCCAGAGAGGUAAACUACCAGUCAAAAGUUUGGACACACCGACUCAUUUAAGGGUUUUUCUUUAUUUUUACUAUUUUUUACAUUGUAGAAUAAUAGUGAAGACAUCAAAACUAGGAAAUAACACAUAUUAAAUAAUGUAGUAACCAAAAAAGUAUAUUCUAUAUUUGAGAUUCUUCAUAUAGCCAGCCUUUGCCUUGAUGACAGCUUUGCACACUCUUGGCAUUCUCUCAACCAGCUUCAUGAGGUAGUCACCUGGAAUGAAUUUCAAUUAACAGGUGUGCCUUCUUAAAAGUUAAUUUGUGGGAUUUCUUUCCUUCUUAAUGCGUUUGAGCCAAUCAGUUGUGUUGUGACAAGGUAGGGGGGUAUACAGAAGAUAGCCCUAUUUGGUAAAAGACCAAGUCCAUAUUAUGGCAAGAACAGCUCAAAUAAGCAAAGAGAAGAGACAGUCCAUCAUUACUUUAAGACAUGAAGGUCAGUCAAUAUGGAACGUUUCAAGAACUUUGAAAAUUUCUUCAAGUGCAGUCGCAAAAACCAUUAAGCGCUAUGAUGAAACUCGCUCUCAUGAGGACCGCCACAGGAAUGGAAGACCCAGAGUUACCUCUGCUGCAGAGGAUAAGUUCAUUAGAGUUACCAUCCUCAGAAAUUGCAGCCCAAAUAAAUGCUUCACAGAGUUCAAGUUACAGACACAUCUCAACAUCAACUGUUCAGAGGGGACUGUGUGAAUCAGGCCUUCAUGGUCGAAUUGCUGCAAAGAAACCACUACUAAAGGACACCAAUAAGAAGAAGAGACCUGCUUGGGCCAAGAAACACGAGCAAUGGAUAUUAGAUCGGUGUAGGCCUCCUGUAGCUCAGUUGGUAGAGCAUGGCGCUUGCAACGCCAAGGUUCUGCGUUCGAUUCCCACGGGGGGACAGUAUGAAACAUUUAUGCACUCACUAACUGUAAGUCACUCUGGAUAAGAGCGUUUGCUAAAUGAUUAAAAUGUAAAUGUGUCCUUUGGUCUGUAGUCCAAAUUGGUGAUUUUUGGUUCCAACCGCCGUGUCUUUGUGAGACGCGGUGUGGGUGAACGGAUGAUCUCUGCAUGUGUAGUUCCCACCGUAAAGCAUGGAGGGGGAGGUGUUAUGGUGUGGGGGUGCUUUGCUGGUGACACUGUCUGUGAUUUAUUUAGAAUUCAAGGCACACUUAACCAGCAUGGCUACCACAGCAUUCUGCAGCGAUACGACAUCCCAUCUGGUUUGGGCUUAGUGGGACUAUCAUUUGUUUUUCAACAGGACAAUGACCCAACACAUCUCCAGGCUGUGUAAGGGCUAUUUUACCAAGAAGGAGAGUGAUGGAAAAGUAUGGGAUAAGUUGGACGGCAGAGUGAAGGAAAAGCAGCCAACAAGUGCUAAGCAUAUGUGGGAACUCCUUUAAGACUGUUGGAAAAGCGUUCCAGUUGAAGCUGGUUGAGAGAAUGCCAAGAGUGUGAAAAGCUGUCAUCAAGGCAAAGGGUGGCUAUUUGAAGAAUCUCAUAUCUCAAAUAUAUUUUCAUUUGUUUAACACUUUUUUUGGUUACUACAUGAUUCCAUAUGUGUUAUUUCAUAGCUUUGAUGUCUUCACUAUUAUUCUACAAUGUAGAAAAUAGUCAAAACUAAAGAAAAACCCUUGAAUGAGUAGGUAUGUCCAAACCUUUGACUGGUACUGUACAUUGGUGAUUCCAUUGAUUCAACUAAUCAAUCAACUGCUCAAGUCCUUGAUUAGUUCAACCAGGUGUUUUAGUGCUGGGUGUAAGUGUGGAACAUAAACCUACACACCCUAUAGCAGGUUAGUGUUUUUCCUCAUGAAUCUUGUCCUGGAGGCAGCUCUGCAGAGUGGUCACUAGCUGGUACAGCCACAAAGUCACCUAACCCUAACCUUAACCACACUGCUAACCCUAAUGCCUAACCCUAACCACACUGCUAACCCUAAUGCCUAACCCUAACCACACUGCUAACCCUAAUGCUUAACCCUAACCUAACCACACUGCUAACCCUAAUGCCUAACCCUAACCACACUGCUAACCCUAAUGCCUAACCACACUGCUAACCAUAAUGCCUUACCCUAACCUUAAAUUAAGACCAAGAAGAUAAUUUGUUUUCAUGAAUUUUUACAAUAUAGCCAAUUUUGCCUUUGCAGCUGACCCAUCUAUCGGAAAUGCCGCCAGGGCAAGAAUCAUGACAAUAAAUAUAUCUCUCCAGGAUCAGGUUUGGUGAGCACUAGCCAAUCAUGAGCCUCAUCAUCAAUCAGUGCCUGACUUGGAGCCUCACUGGAGACCCAUACAUUGUCUGUUGGUGCAUUGAUAUUGAGAAGCAGUCUUUCCUACAGCUAUUACAGAGGGGCAGUGGGUGCUCUCCUAGUGUAUGACAUCGCCAAGCACCUGACGUAUGAAAACGUGGAGCGCUGGUUGAAGGAACUGAGGGAUCAUGCAGACAACAACAUCGUCAUCAUGCUGGUGGGCAACAAGAGCGACCUGCGCCACCUCAGGGCCGUGCCCAUGGACGAGGCCCGGGCUUUUGCAGGUACUUGGGUACUUUUGGCAGGGGGAACAUGGCCUGGUCCCAGAUCAGUUUGUGCCGUCUUGCCAACUCCUAUGGUCAUUGUCAUGGCAAACAGAGUUGCAAGACAACACAAACAGAUCUAGGACCAGACUAAGGGGUACAUGGGAACGUUGGGACAUAAUCUUAGAACAGCCUUCUUGUCUUUCUUUUGUGGUCCUGAGGGACCACUGAUUUUGAAGAGAUGGAUAGGAGGAAAGUAAAAUGAGAGCAGCUCCAUAUUGUUGCUUUCACCUAUCUGGAACUUUUAUAUCAGUGGUCAUCACAAGGGAAGGGAGGAGAGUAUUGGGACAAUAUUGCUAUAUACUGUAGCAGCCUAAAUAUAUAAUGCAAAUGGUAUUGAGGGAGCCUUAAUGUGAAAUGGGGCAGCAGGUAGCCUAGCAGUUAAGAGUGUUGGUCCAGUAACCGAAAGGUUGCUGGUUCGAAUCCCUAGGUGAAAAACCUGUCUGUGUCCUUGAUCAAGGUGCUUAACCCUAAUUGGUUCUGAAAGUCGAUCUGGAAAACAGUGUCUGCUAAAAUGUAAAUACAGAGGGUAUUCUUUCCAGGAACUGUUUAAUAAUGAUUGUGCGACUCACUUUGCCCUUUCUCUAAACCUGCAGAGAAGAACACUCUAUCGUUUAUUGAAACUUCAGCCUUAGAUUCAACAAAUGUAGAGGAAGCUUUCAAGAAUAUCCUUACAGGUACAGUAUAACAGCAAAAGGACUGUCUAAAAAGCCAGUUGCUUUGACAUAGUGAAGGUAAACUAGAAAUCCUCUUUGAAGUAUUGAGAUGCACCACAACAGUCUAGUCUACUCUCCUCUCCACAGAAAUCUAUCGCAUCGUAUCGCAGAAGCAGAUCGCUGAGCGGUCCGCCCAUGACGAGUCCCCUGGAAACAAUGUGGUGGACAUAAGUGUUCCGCCCACCACAGACCAGAAAGGGAACAAACUGCAGUGCUGCCAGAACCUGUAA